AUGUCUAGUGCUAAAGAUGUAAAGUUCUCUUUAAAAGUUACAAUGAAUAAUCAGAAAACAAAAGUUCUAUUCGCAGAAGCUGAUAGCGACUUUACAGACGUCUUAAUCAGCUUCUUGACGAUGCCGUUGGGAAGGAUUGUGAGAGUCCUGAAAAAGCACUUCGGAGAAGAAGAAGCUGUCCGUAUUGGAAGCUUGACCACUUUAUAUAACGGCUUAGCGAAUCUCGACAGUGUCCAUUUCUGGACAAAGGGUUGUAAGGAAGCGCUGCUCGAUCCUAUGAGUUCGUUCCGUAAUGAAUGUCUUAAACUAAAACUUGAUGUUAGUGACACUCAGCCCAUCGACCAAUUCACUUGUUAUCACUCAUGUUGUAUUCCAACGAGUACGAAAGUCUUACGUACAAGCAACUACUUUGAUUCUGCUACAUGCAUUUGUGGAAAAACAAUGUCAAGAGUUGCAGGUUGGAAGGAUACCCAAGCUGCUAAUAAUGAUGGAGUUUUUACACGAAAGAAAGCCUCUUUCAUAAUCUCCGAUGAUCUUAAGAUAUUUCCUAAUACCACAGGAUUCAUUCAAACUCUAAGUACUCUUGAAAUUACAGACAAGGAUGUGGGAGAGCCAAUCAAUGUGACUUUUGGAUUUAAUGAGUUUAUGGAUUUACUUAAGGGAUCUUUACUCUCCCCUACUCCACUAUCCGACAUCAUACUCAAUAAAAGAAAAGUCGAAUUAGGCACAACAACACCAAAAACUGAACCAGGAGUUUUGUUGCAUGCGAUGGAGAAAGAAGCGACUUCCGCUAACUCAAAUAAAAUGAUUCUGAAAGUGAUGGUGCAAAAAUCCACCAAUAAGUUAUUGUUUGCUCAAUCAGAGGAAGAUUUCAUCGACUUUCUUUGUAUUUUGCUAGCUAUCCCCAUUGGAGGAGUUGAGUGCCUUUUGGGCGGUAACGCUUGUCUUAAGAACAUAGACAAUUUGUACAAGAGUGUAGCUAAUAUUAAUGGUGACAAAUACCUUGUCACUCAAGAUAUGAAAAACAGAUUAGUGAAGCCCAAGCUACUCCACGGCUAUAUUUCUGGAAACCCGAUUUUGCCUCUCAGUGAAGAAAGCUGUCCUCGUUACCAGAACAUCAUCGCACAGAAAGCUGUAUGGUUUUCGUCUGUCAAGUUCGUGAAAGGUCAGGGUAAGUAUAUUGGGGGACCGACACUGUACAAGAUAACUGAUGAUUUAACUGUGACACAUUUUUGUAUGGGCUCAAUCCUUUCUCAUCUCAAAGACCGGAAAAUUCCUUCAUCUGAUGUCAAGGAGCUGGAGCUCGAGAUUGGAUUGCAAGAGGUUUUAAGCAUAUUGAAGGCAUCUCUUGCAUCGACCGCUGCUCUAACUAACGGCCUGAGGAUCAAUGCCGUGUUAAUGAAACAACCAAAGCGAGAGCAGUGA